AUGGAAGAUCUAAAGGAGCUCAUUGACCAAAACGAAGUCGCAAAGCUCAUAGAACACUGUGAAGAAUUAGAAUUUAAACUGGCUAUAGCUCCGGACGACAGUGUUAAUCUUGAUGAGUUUUAUGGCGUUUUUCUCGCUGCUUACUUGAUACAAAAUGAGCUUCCCUCGGCUCGUUUCCUAUGGAAGCGUAUACCGGAUGAAAUAAAAGCUUCAUCUGAGCAAUUACAUGCUAUUUGGGAUGUGGCUACCAAUCUUUGGCAGCGAGAUUAUGCACCCGUGUAUAUGUCUGUUGAACAAAAACCCUGGACUCCGUUGAUCGGAUCAUUGAUGAAGAAAGUAGCAGAAACCCUCCGUGAACGUGUUUUUACGCUCUUGUCAGAAGCAUAUUCUUCAAUAACAGUCGAAGAAGUGUCAAAUUUCAUUGGUGUACCUGCAGAUAAAGUUGCUCAAGUUACUGCUGAACGUGGCUGGAUAUACGAUGCUGCAACAAAUACAUUACAACCCAAGAAAAUUGUCGAACCAGGGAUUACUCGAUCGACAUCAUUGGGCAGUUUCUCGCGGCUUACAGACUUGGUUAUUCACCUGGAAAGAUCCUGA